AUGGUGAGCGAGUAUCCCAUACGAAAUUCCGACGAAAAACUUCCAGGUAAGGACACUACUUUCAUUAAGGACGAAAUCAAACAGAUCGUCGACCAUUCCCACACCAUUAGGGAUGAUUUGGAUGGGAAGGGGAAACAAACAGGCGAUCCGGACGUUCCGCUGCAGAGGCGUGCAAUAAAAUCCAUCUUCAAAGAAAUGAGGAAAAGCAACGCGGAGAACAGUUCCCCGCGGACGCGAAUCGCCAUAUUUGACGUCGUCAUAACUGAUACGACUUUUGGGCGUAAAAAUGUUAAUAAGCAGUCGGAGGAUCCUGCCGGAUUUAGUUUUACUGCUUCUUUUAGAGCCUAUUUCGACAUUUUAACCGAUUUUCAUCCGGCGAAACAUUUCCCCGGCAAGUUCCGGUUAAUAAGAAAAUCCAGAGAGCCGGAGCGCCAGCACGCGACGCAGAGGAGAGCGAGGGACGAGAAAGAACGGCCCGAAAACGAAUUCUGGAAGAAAGAAAAAUCAAUAAAUCCCAUAGAAAUCCAUUUACAAUUCAAAUGUUGAAGGGACGGUUGUUGGCGGUGCUAUAGUCAGGACGACAAAAGCCGAAUUUUAUAUAAUCGGAAUUUAUUUUACAUUGUUUUUUUAGAACCUAUAGAGUUAUACUUGAAAUUUGUUUAUCUA